AUGGAGCCCGUGCGGCUGCAGCGCCAGCAGCAGGUGCCCGCCGACCACCGCGCCGAGCCGGCGCUGACGCCCGAGGACCAACUGGCGGCGCCGCUGGCCGCCGUGAAGCUCGCGGAAAGCGGCGACUUCCCGCGCCUCUUGGUGGCGCUGGCGCUGCGCCCGCGACUGGCGAGAGCCGCCGAUGCCUUCGGCAUGACGGCGCUGCACUGGGUUUGCAGCGACCCCAAGGCGCCGCCGCGCGUGGUGCUCACCGUGGCGCGCGCGCACCCGGCCGCGGCCGCCACGCGCAACCUGGCGGGGCUGCUGCCGCUGCACCUGGCCGUGCGCAAGCGGCUGGCGCUCGAGGUCAUCCAGGCGCUGCUGCACGUGUACCCCAAGGCCAUCGGCGUGCGCACGCCGGACGGCAAGACGCCGCUCAUGCUGGCCAAGCAGCGACCCGUGGCUUCCAGCGCCGUGCUGGCGCUGCUGCAGGUGCUGGAGGCCCACGCGCGGACGGGCGCGCCGUCCACCACGGCAAUUCCCACCACUAGCAGGUCCAUGACACAGGAAGAGACGCUCGCGGCGCUGAUGACGCCACACGUGCCUCCCCCACGAUGGGCACUAGCCUCGAGGUGCAGACUGUGCGCCGCCAAAUUCGGCUACUUCCGACAGAGGCACCACUGCCGCAGCUGCGGGGCGUCGGUCUGCGGACGACACUCGAGACAUCGGGUGCCGCUGAAACACCUCGGUCUGUUCCAGCCACAACGCGUGUGUGCCUGUUGCUUUGAUGAACUGCAGAAGCAACUGAAUGUGCGCGCCUUGGAGCUCGUGACUCGCACGGGGGGGGCCUACCCGUACAUUGACACGGGCGACUCGACCAGCAACUAUUCCAACAACUCGACGAAUAUGCACGCGCGCUACCGCAGACGCAGCAAAUCGGUCUUCAGUGAGCCGACCCAACGCCAUGGAUCGAUUGAAUGGGGAUACGACAACGACAACAACAGCGACGUCAACAUGAAUGGCUUCGCUCCUGUGCCAGCCCCGUGGAAUUGGAGCACAGCGGCGUCGGAGGCGGUGGAGUCAUUGCAGCCCUCCAUGGGCUCCAUGUUCCUGUCGGUUGCACCGGCACAGCCGACGGUACUGGAGCGCCAGCGGCUACUUCGCGAGCGGCAGGGACAUUCGAUGGAGUCCGAGCCGGAGCCUAGCCGACGCCGCAGCAGGGCGAGACGACCUCGGCCACACUCUUCGGCUCUGGAUCGAUCGCUGCACGUGCAGCGACUGUCUGAAGUUGAUUCCUGUUGCUCGAGCGAUGAGCAGGAGCUGGAACAGCGGAUGCAGCAGCUGAUGGCCGCAAAACGUGAACUUGGAGAGGCUAUGCGACGCAGCGAGGAAGAAAUCGAGCGAGCAGAGCGCGAAAAGCGCGUGUUGAAUGCUGUUGCCGACAAAUACAGGGAGAGUGGGUACUCCAGCCCUCCAGAAGACGAAGAUGAGGACGAGGAGGCAGAAAUUGCAGCAACGUUGGCCUUUUUGAACGGAGGUAGAAGGCUGAGCAGCACUGCUGACCUACUCGCGGAAAUGGAGCCACCUCUCGAUGUCGCAGCCACGCACCACGAACUCGGCGAAGCGCUCCUGAGCAAAGGGGACUUUGAAGGGGCUGUGAUGGAGUUGCAGCGUAGUGUGGAGCUGGACGGUGAAAAUGCAGCAGCGUGGCUCCACCUAGCGAAAGCAUUGGACGGAACAGGCGAAAACAGUGUAGCAGCUGAGGAUGCUGUACGACGUGCACUCGAACUGGAGCCAGCAUCGAUUGGGGCAUUAUCGCUUCUAGGGAAGCUACUGCACUUGCGUGGCGACCAUGACGACGCUAUCCUAGUGUUUCGGCAAGCGCUCGAGCUGCAGUGUCCAACUGGUAAGCUCUCUGGCCAAGAAGCAGAGGACACCGACGCUGAGCACCUUGGUGUGGCAAUGUAG